AGAGGAGCCCGUGUCGAUAUACAGAAACCAGAGAUCGUCAUGGCUCGCUGAGGUGAUGAGCUGACGGGUGGAUGGCGCCCAUUAUCUUCACUCCUCAAUCCAAGUUUUCCUGAAAAACGGACAGGGGGAGGAGAAGGCUCCAACUGAGCAUAAGGCACAGAGGACAAGCAAAGGAUUAGGAGUGGACAGCAAGAAAAGGAAGGAGAAUGCAAAAGAUGUUGAAAACGUUUCAAAGAGCUAGAAAAUAGUUCCUAGAUUAGAAGAUCCAGUUGUCAGCAAUUUAAAACAAUAUUCAGGUUUUAACUUCUGUACAAGGCUAUUACAUAACCCCGAAGCAAGGAAAUUAACCAAGAGGAAUGUGCCUUUACUAUCUAUAGAAAAUACACUUAGCUUCAGCUGCUUCAACGCUCCUUGGGAUUUUAAAAUGUUUCAAGCCUUGGUUCGGCAAGCGUAUCACCCCCUGCCCAGCCACCAGUCGGGGGAACCUGAUGCCAAGUACAAGGGGAAGCUGGUGCAUGAAACUCAGCUGAACUGCUUCUACAUCAAACCUGGAGGUUCCAACUAUGGCAGUCCCCGUCCGGCUCAUGCCAACAUGAACGCCAACGCGGCUGCGGGGCUGGCCCCGGAGCACAUCCCCAGCCCGGGGGCAGCUCUGUCCUGGCAGGCUGCCAUCGAUGCUGCCAGGCAAGCCAAGCUGAUGGGCAGCGCUGGCAACGCCACCAUCUCCACGGCCAGCUCCACGCAGAGGAAAAGGCAGCAGUAUGGCAAGCAGAAGAAGCAGGGUACCACCACAGCCACCCGCCCUCCCCGGGCGCUGCUGUGCCUCACGCUGAAGAAUCCCAUCCGGAGGGCGUGCAUCAGCAUCGUCGAAUGGAAACCAUUUGAAAUAAUUAUUUUACUGACUAUUUUUGCCAAUUGUGUGGCCUUAGCUAUCUAUAUCCCCUUUCCAGAAGAUGAUUCCAAUGCCACCAAUUCCAAUCUGGAACGAGUGGAAUAUCUCUUUCUCAUAAUUUUUACAGUGGAAGCAUUUUUAAAAGUAAUAGCAUACGGACUUCUCUUUCACCCCAACGCUUACCUCCGCAAUGGCUGGAAUUUACUAGAUUUUAUAAUUGUGGUAGUAGGGCUUUUUAGUGCAAUUUUAGAACAAGCAACCAAAGCAGAUGGGGGGAAUUCAAUAGGAGGAAAAGGUGCCGGAUUUGAUGUUAAAGCUCUGCGGGCUUUCCGAGUUUUACGUCCACUACGGCUGGUGUCUGGAGUUCCUAGUCUCCAGGUGGUUUUAAAUUCAAUUAUCAAGGCCAUGGUCCCUUUGUUGCAUAUUGCCCUGCUGGUGCUGUUUGUCAUUAUUAUCUAUGCCAUCAUUGGACUGGAGUUAUUCAUGGGGAAGAUGCAUAAGACCUGCUACCAUGUGCAAGGGGGACUGAUAGAUACACCUGCAGAAGACGACCCGUCGCCGUGCGCUCCCCAGUCUGCGCACGGGCGGCAGUGUCAGAACGGCACCGAGUGCAAGGCGGGCUGGGAGGGACCUAAGCACGGCAUCACCAACUUUGACAAUUUUGCUUUUGCCAUGCUCACGGUGUUUCAGUGCAUCACCAUGGAGGGCUGGACUGAUGUGCUCUACUGGAUGCAGGACGCUAUGGGCUAUGAGUUACCAUGGGUGUAUUUUGUCAGUCUGGUCAUCUUUGGAUCCUUUUUCGUUCUAAAUCUGGUUCUUGGUGUGUUGAGCGGGGAGUUUUCCAAAGAAAGAGAAAAGGCAAAGGCUCGAGGUGAUUUCCAGAAGCUACGGGAAAAGCAACAGCUAGAGGAGGAUCUGAAGGGAUACCUGGACUGGAUAACUCAAGCAGAAGAUAUUGAUCCAGAAAAUGAAGAUGAAGGCAUGGAUGAGGAGAAGCCUCGAAACAUGAGCAUGCCCACCAGCGAGACCGAGUCCGUGAACACCGACAACGUGCCCGGAGCCGACAUGGAAGGCGAGAACUGCGGCGCCAGGCUGGCGCAUCGGAUCUCAAAAUCAAAAUUUAGUCGCUACUGGCGCCGAUGGAAUCGAUUCUGCAGAAGGAAGUGCCGUGCUGCUGUCAAGUCCAACGUUUUCUACUGGCUGGUGAUCUUCCUCGUGUUCCUCAACACCCUCACCAUUGCCUCUGAGCACUACAACCAGCCAGACUGGCUCACGGAGGUCCAAGACACUGCCAAUAAGGUGCUGCUAGCUCUUUUCACGGCAGAGAUGCUGCUGAAGAUGUACAGCCUCGGUCUCCAGGCAUACUUUGUGUCCCUGUUCAACCGCUUUGACUGCUUCAUUGUGUGUGGAGGCAUCCUGGAAACCAUCCUGGUGGAGACCAAGAUCAUGUCACCCCUGGGCAUCUCGGUCUUGAGAUGUGUCAGACUCCUAAGAAUAUUUAAAAUCACAAGAUAUUGGAACUCCCUGAGUAAUCUUGUGGCUUCACUCCUGAAUUCAGUCCGCUCCAUUGCCUCCCUGUUGCUGCUUCUCUUCCUCUUCAUCAUCAUCUUCUCACUCCUGGGGAUGCAGCUCUUUGGGGGCAAGUUUAACUUUGACGAGAUGCAGACCAGGAGGAGCACAUUUGACAACUUCCCUCAGUCCCUCCUGACUGUGUUUCAGAUCCUGACUGGGGAGGACUGGAAUUCGGUGAUGUAUGAUGGGAUCAUGGCUUAUGGCGGCCCCUCUUUUCCAGGAAUGUUGGUCUGUAUUUACUUCAUCAUCCUCUUCAUCUGUGGAAACUAUAUCCUGCUGAAUGUAUUUUUGGCCAUUGCUGUGGACAACCUUGCUGAUGCUGAGAGUUUAACAUCUGCACAGAAAGAGGAGGAAGAGGAAAAAGAAAGGAAAAAGCUAGCUAGGACUGCUAGUCCCGAAAAGAAACAGGAGAUGGAAAAAACAGCUGUGGAGGAAGAGACAAAGGAGGAGAAAAUUGAGCUGAAAUCGAUCACUGCUGAUGGAGAGUCCCCUCCUGCUACCAAGAUCAACGUGGAUGAUUAUCAGCCCAAUGAAAACGAAGAAAAGAGCCCUUAUCCCACAACAGAAGCACCAGCAGAGGAAGAUGAGGAAGAACCUGAGAUGCCUGUUGGCCCUCGACCACGCCCCAUGUCUGAGCUGCACCUCAAGGAAAAGGCUGUGCCCAUGCCUGAUGCCAGUGCUUUUUUCAUCUUCAGUCCUAACAACAGGUUUCGUGUCCACUGCCAUCGAAUCGUUAAUGAUAACAUUUUCACCAACCUGAUCCUCUUUUUCAUCUUGCUCAGCAGCAUCUCCCUGGCAGCUGAGGACCCUGUGCGACACCUCUCCUUUAGGAACCAAAUUCUCUUUUAUUUUGAUAUAGUUUUUACUGUCAUUUUCACCAUUGAAAUUGCUCUGAAGAUGACUGCCUACGGGGCUUUCCUCCACAAGGGUUCCUUCUGCAGGAACUAUUUCAACAUCCUAGACCUGCUGGUGGUCAGCGUUUCUCUCAUCUCCUUUGGCAUCCAGUCCAGUGCCAUUAACGUGGUGAAGAUCCUGCGUGUUCUGCGGGUCCUUAGACCACUGAGGGCCAUCAACAGAGCCAAAGGACUAAAGCACGUGGUCCAGUGUGUGUUUGUCGCCAUCAGAACCAUUGGGAACAUUGUGAUUGUCACCACUUUGCUGCAGUUCAUGUUUGCCUGCAUUGGAGUUCAGCUGUUUAAGGGCAAGCUGUACAGCUGCACUGACAGCUCCAAGCAGACAGAAGCAGAAUGCAGAGGGUACUACAUCACCUACAAGGAUGGGGAGGUCAGCCAGCCCAUGAUACAGCCCCGGAGCUGGGAGAACAGCAAGUUUGACUUUGACAAUGUCCUGACUGCCAUGAUGGCCCUCUUCACCGUCUCCACCUUUGAGGGCUGGCCAGAGUUGCUGUAUAGGUCCAUUGAUUCCCACAUGGAGGAUGUGGGACCCAUCUAUAAUCACAGGGUUGAGAUCUCCAUCUUCUUUAUUAUCUACAUCAUCAUCAUUGCUUUCUUCAUGAUGAACAUCUUCGUUGGUUUCGUCAUCGUCACAUUUCAGGAACAAGGAGAACAAGAGUACAAGAACUGUGAGCUGGACAAAAACCAGCGCCAGUGUGUAGAGUAUGCCCUGAAAGCCCGGCCCUUGAGGAGAUACAUCCCCAAAAACCAGUACCAGUACAAAGUUUGGUAUGUGGUCAACUCCACCUACUUUGAAUACCUGAUGUUCGUUCUGAUCCUGCUGAACACCAUCUGCCUGGCCAUGCAACACUAUGGUCAGAGCUGCAUGUUCAAGGAAGCCAUGAAUAUCCUCAACAUGCUCUUCACUGGCCUCUUCACUGUGGAGAUGGUCCUGAAAUUAAUUGCCUUCAAACCCAAGGGUUACUUUAGUGAUCCUUGGAAUGUUUUUGACUUCCUCAUCGUAAUUGGCAGCAUUAUAGACGUCAUUCUCAGUGAAACUAAUCCAGCUGAACAUACCCAAUGCUCUUCCUCUAUGAACGCAGAGGAAAACUCUCGCAUCUCAAUCACCUUCUUCCGACUCUUCCGCGUGAUGCGCCUGGUGAAGCUCCUGAGCCGAGGGGAGGGCAUCCGGACCCUGCUUUGGACCUUCAUCAAGUCCUUCCAGGCUCUCCCCUAUGUGGCUCUUUUAAUAGUGAUGCUGUUCUUCAUCUACGCUGUGAUUGGGAUGCAGGUGAGUGAUGCUAUCAUCAAUCUUUUUGUAGCUGUUAUAAUGGAUAACUUCGAUUACCUGACACGGGACUGGUCCAUUUUAGGACCACACCACCUGGAUGAGUUUAAAAGGAUCUGGGCAGAGUAUGACCCUGAAGCUAAGGGACGGAUCAAACACCUGGACGUGGUGACGCUGCUCCGGAGGAUCCAGCCCCCGCUGGGCUUCGGGAAGCUCUGUCCUCACCGGGUGGCUUGCAAACGCCUCGUCUCCAUGAACAUGCCACUGAACAGCGAUGGGACCGUCAUGUUCAAUGCCACUCUCUUUGCAUUGGUCAGAACUGCCCUGAGGAUCAAGACAGAAGGUAACCUGGAGCAAGCCAACGAAGAGCUGAGAGCAAUAAUUAAGAAAAUCUGGAAGCGCACCAGUAUGAAGCUGCUGGACCAGGUGGUGCCUCCUGCAGGUGACGACGAGGUGACCGUGGGGAAGUUCUACGCCACUUUCCUGAUCCAGGAAUAUUUCCGGAAGUUCAAGAAGCGCAAAGAGCAGGGGCUGGUGGGGAAACCCUCGCAGCGCAACGCGCUGUCCUUACAGGCUGGUCUGCGCACGCUGCACGACAUCGGGCCAGAGAUCCGACGAGCAAUUUCUGGAGACCUGACAGCUGAAGAAGAGCUGGACAAGGCCAUGAAAGAAGCAGUUUCUGCUGCCUCUGAAGAUGACAUCUUCCGGAGAGCUGGAGGCUUGUUUGGAAACCAUGUGAGCUAUUACCAAAGUGAUGGCAGGAGUGGGUUCCCCCAGACAUUCACCACCCAGAGACCUUUGCACAUCAAUAAGUCUGGCAACAACCACGGAGACACUGAGUCUCCAUCUCACGAGAAGCUGGUGGACUCCACCUUCACUCCCAGCAGCUACUCAUCUUCAGGCUCCAAUGCCAACAUCAACAAUGCCAACAACACUGCCCUGUGUCGCUUCCCCAGCCCACCCAGCUACCCCAGCACUGUCAGCACGGUGGAAGGCCAUGGGACCCCCUUGUCACCCACCAUAUGUGUGCAGGAGGCUCCCUGGAAACUCCCAUCCAAAAGGACACAUUACUACGAGACCCUGGGACGCUCCAGUUCCAGAGACAGCCAGCUGGCAAUUGUUUGCCAAGAGGAAGUGUCUCAGGAUGAGACUUAUGAUGAAAAUUUGAAUGAAGACAUUGAGUACUGUAGUGAACCAAGUCUGCUCUCUACUGAAAUGCUUGCAUACCAAGAUGAUGAAAACAGACAGCUCACUCUGCCAGAAAACAACAAAGGAGAGGACAGCCGGCACUCUCCCAAGAAGGGGUUUCUGUGCUCCUCAGCUCUAGGUCGAAGAGCAUCUUUUCACUUAGAGUGUUUGAAAAGACAGAAAAACCAGGGUGUGGAUGUCUCACAGAAGACAGUCCUGCCUUUGCAUCUGGUCCAUCAUCAGGCACUAGCAGUGGCCGGCCUGAGUCCCCUGCUCCAGCGAAGCCAUUCCCCCACCACGUUUUCUCGGCUGUGUGCUACACCCCCGGCCACGCCCUGCAACCGGGGCUGGCCGCAACAAACCAUCCCAACGCUGCGCCUCGACGGGGCGGAAUCCUCGGAGAAGCUCAACAGCAGCUUGCCGUCCGUGCACUGCGGCUCCCGGUACCCCGAGAGCGGCGGCAGCCCCAGGAGAGCCCGGCCGGUGUCGCUGACCGUGCCCAGCCCCACCGCGGGGAGCAGCCGGCAGCUCCACGGCAGCGCCAGCAGCCUGGUGGAAGCGGUCUUGAUUUCGGAAGGACUGAUGCAGUUUGCUCAAGAUCCAAAGUUCAUUGAGGUCACAACCCAGGAGCUCGCAGACGCCUGCGACAUGACGAUAGAAGAGAUGGAAAAUGCAGCAGACAACAUUCUCAAUGGUAACAGCAAGCAGAGCCCCAAUGGCAACCUCUUGCCUUUUGCUAACUGCAGGGACCCAGGGCAGGACAGUGCAGGAGAGGAAGAGGAAGAGGUGCAAAACCCGGAUUGUAGGAUAAGUCAGGAGGAGCUCAAGGACAGCAGGAUUUAUAUCAGCAGCCUGUAGUUGCCAGGGCUGGAAGCGAUGCUGGUUUUUUAUUUGUUUCAAUGUUCCUAAUGGGUUUGUUUCAGAAGUGCCUCACUGUUCUCGUGACCUGGAGUAACCGGAACAGCGUUCUUCAUUCAUUUCUGUUGGGACGAGUCGCAGAGUUGGGUGGUGUAAGAAAGCUUUUCAGGAGCGGAUAUAACCCCAGCACGUGUCCAUGAAGGAAGAGUGAGGAGGAGGAGGAGAAGAGGAGGAGAGCCAGCUCCCUCUUUUUUUCAGUCCCUGCACAAGGAACGACAGCUGCCUCCGGAGCACCAAGGGGAACCUCAGCUUCCUGUGGAUGGCCCUAGCCAAAAGGACCCUGCACCAAACGGGUGUCUUUCAACCUUGCUUGUAAAAAUCAUUUUGCACAUAUUCUGUAUGAGCCUCACCGUCUCCAUAAAGCCAAGGCCCUUUGAUUGGGAAGGAGAGGAAGACUUCUGCUGUGGAUUCCCGCACGGCCACGGGGA